AUGAGCGUCUGUCGCCCCGCUCGGUGUCUCUUCACCAAGGCCACGUCCACGACCCUGCCCAAGGCGCCGUCACAACGAUCCUUCCAGACCUCCGCAUCACGGCAGGCACGCAAGCGACGCCCCAACUACCCAUCGAUCAAGGCAGACGACCUCAAGCUGCUGAAUCAGGCCGCCGAGGUCGAGUACCCCAAGUACGACACAUCGGCGACGACGCUCCUGGAGAAGAAAUACAGCGCCUCUCAAAUCGCCGCCAUCAAAGCCGCCGAAUCUGCAAUCGACACACGAGACGUUAUAACACAAGGCCAGCGGCGAAGUGAUCCAUGGCGACUGCCCUACGAAGACGACCUCGCAGAAGUCGACCCUGUCACAGACAAGCGGAUACGGCUGGGACCAGAUGAUGUCAAGGGCAAAUUCUACUUCCGCCUCGCCAACGAGAUGGAGCGGGACGAGGCGAUAUCCCAGAUAGCAAAUGAGAACCUGGCCAAGAUGUUUCCCGAAGGAAUGCCAGAGGGGGAGCUGAACGCAGAUCAGGAGAAGCAAAUACAACGGACUGCUUUCGAGGCGGCCAUAACGCAGGCCGCGCUGGAUCCCCGAGCGACAUUCACAUCCAAGGACCCGGAGACACUCAAAAUCCUCGCAGACCCUCGUCACAACCUCGUAAACCCCGAUCUGCCUCGUCUCGAGAACCGCAUGUACCUUGGCUGGGACAAGCAAAAGUUGCGCAGCAUCCGCGUAAAGACGCUUGUGACCCACGGCGUCACGAAUCAAACACGCAUGGGCAAGAUUAGGAGUUUGUACUACUUGACUAUUGCAGGCAACCAGGACGGGCUGCUGGGCGUGGGCGAGGGCAAGUCGGUGGAACCCGAAGAAGGCCGGAAACAAAGCAUCAUGAGUGCGAUUCGCAACAUGAGACCUGUUCCACGGUAUGAAAACAGGACGACGUUCGGCGACUUGGAGAGGAAGGUUGGCGCGACCAAGGUGCAAUUGUUUGCCCGACCGCCUGGCUUCGGUCUCCGCACACAACAUCUCAUCUUCGAGCUCGCCCGCGCCGCCGGCCUGCAAGAUCUCGCCGCAAAGACGCCCCGCUCGCGCAACAAGAUGAACGUCAUCAAGGCAACGUGGGGAAGCUCUCACGAACCAGAAGCUGCCCGACGAGAUUGCGCGGGCGCGAGGAAAGAAGAUGGUCGAUGUGAGGAAGGUGUAUUACGGAGGCAGUGUACAUUAGACAUGGCCCUCGUAGCCAUUUAUUAG